AUGAUCCCUACAAACAGCAUUCGGGAUCAACUGAGGGCGACAGACGAAUCGACUCAGUUAACAGGGCUUAAGCGACUGAAAAAUACUAUUAUCGGUCAUACGGAUCAGAAGGAACUGCUGUGUACAGAUGAUGUCAUAAAUCCUUUAUUAUCACUACUUGCAAAUGGGCCGCUCAGUGUCAGCCUACAGGCGAGUAUUGUUCUAGGAAGUUUUGCUCAUGGCUCUGAGAGCACAGUUCAGAAGCUAUUGAGAUAUCCCGUAAUUCAGACAGUUAUAACAACUAUAAACUCAGUUGUGUGUCCUGAUGUUGGCACGAAUGAGGUGUUGAGUCCUUCUCCUGAACUAAUAUCAUCAUGUCUACGAAUCUUGGUCACUAUCUUGCAGGCACAACCGGCCGUUGGUGUUAUUGCUCAAUAUCCCGAGAUAAUCGAUAUUCUAACAAUACUUCUAAGUGGUGAUGACUGUCCUAGUGAUAUUGUUCUACAGACUUGCAAGCUUAUCCCUUUACUAUCACCUCGCAAGACAGCUUCUUUAACACGAUUGCCGUCAUUAGCACCUUAUUUGCUGAAACGAAUCUCGAAUCACAUGGCUCAAGGUGGCCAUCGAACUCAACUAGUGUCACGCAAUUCACCAUUAGAGGCAGCUUUGUCGGCUGUAUCUCAGAUUUUGACUGAAAAGCAGGCAAGAUCUGUACUAGAACUCACGGCCAGUAACGUUAUCUCGAUAAACUCCAAAGCACCUGCAUUUUCAGAAUCUUCAAACGACUUUCUAUUAGGCUUAGUUCAUUUGACUAGGGCAGAUGAUAUUGGUAUUAGACUAACGGCAGUAGAGCUAUUAUCCAAACUUCAAAAUUAUGCAUCUUCUCCAGUUCAGAGAGAUAUAAUAGCUCGUAAUCUCCUACCCACUUUGGUGCCCAUGUUUGACUUACUGGGAACAGACCCAAGAGUUAGUCUGACUCUUUCAUAUAUCUGUCGAGAUAAUGAAAAGCAUGCCUCUUUGGCUGUUGAAAUCGGACUCGUAAAGAAAAUAAUUACGGUCCUCAAGGCUAAAGACAUUGCAUCAUGGAAAGACCGUGAAAUCAUUGAGAACAAUCUGUAUGCCUUGGCAGGCAUUGGAAUACAUCGCGACUCUUUACGUAUGGAGAUUGUGGAAGCCGGCGCUCUGACCUAUAUCACGAAUAUCAUUUCUCUGAAACCGGCAGCAGAGAGUAGUAGUGCCGAUAUUAGUUCUAUUCGGAAAGUGAAAAUCUCCGCUUGUCAUGUUCUCCGAGCUCUUUCAAGAAGUGUUGCUCUGAUUCGAACAAGUUUAGCAUCCACGGAUAUUGUUGACGGUAUAGUUGAUCUUUAUACAGAAUCUGAACCGUCGCCAGAACUUAAUGAUGGAAUAAUGUCUGACGAAAGCUCUUUUGAGGUUAUCGAGCGGGAGCAACAGCGGGAAGAUCAAUUGGAAGUGCGAACUGCAGUGAUGGCGGCUAUUUGUAAUCUGAUUUUAGAAUUUAGUCCUGUCCAAAAAACAAUUUUCGAGAAAGGGGCUCUUGACCUAAUUAUCGACGGUGCUCACUCAGAUUAUGCAUCACUGAGGUUGAACUCCAUCUGGGCACUGAAACAUGCUAUUUUUGAGGCUAAUAGGGACACAAAAAGUAUGGCAUUAUCAAAGCUCGAGCCAUCUUAUCUUUUGCGGCUGUGCAAUGACUCUAUAAUCGAAAUUCAAGAGCAAUCGCUGGACUUCAUUCGCAACUUUUUGUGCAGAAACUACCAAGGAGUCGACUACAUUUUUGAAUCCAUUGGCAAGGAGACUCUCUUUGAGUUGAUUGAAGAUAAAAUAGACCUUCAUGAGCAAUUUCCUCAAGUAUUGACGCCAGCUAUCUAUAUUCUUGUUCAUAUUGCAGCGGGAACAGAUGAGCAUCGCGAUAUUGUGGCUGAACAAGAAAGUGUUUUGUCAAAGCUCAUACCAUUGAUGACACAUCCCCUUGCUGACGUUCGGACAGCCAUUGUAUGGCUUAUUAUCAACCUGACAUGGCUGGAAGAGCCCGAUAAUUCUCCUCGUAGAGAAGUAUGCAAAAUCAGAGCUGAAAGAUUAGCCCGACUAGGAUUUAAGGACAUGUUGGAUAAACUUUCGCAGGAUCCAACUUUGGAUGUUCGUGAAAGGACCAAGACCGCUCUAUACCAGUUUGAUGAACUAUUUGGUAGGGGCAGUUCGAACUAUGUUGUAUCCUAA